UCCGCCCCCUACUCCCAGCGCGAGUGGCGGCGGCGGCGGCGGCGGCGGAGCCUUCGGGGGCGUGCGUGCGUGUGUGAGUGCGCGCCAGCAAGCGUGAGUGUGUGUGUGAGCCCCGGGCGCGGGCAGGGCAGCACUCCGACCGCGGCGGGAUCGGCGCGAGCCGGGCGGCCGCGUCGUCACUCGGGCAAGAGAGGCGGCGGCGGCAGCCGGGGCCGGGGCUGGGGCAGCGGCGGCCGCGCCGGGCAUGGAGCUGGCAAGCCCGCGCUGAGGCAGGACGCGCCUGCUAGCAGCCAGCAAGAGGCUCUCCGCCGUCCGGCGCGCGGGCUCCCCGGCCGAAGCCAGGCAAACUUUUCUUUCUCUUUUACCCUCACUAGAGGCGCCUUCUGCGGCGGGCGGACUGACUCCGCGGCGGGGCCGGGGCAAGCUGGACGCAGCAUGAUGCGCGCAGUGUGGGAGGCGCUGGCUGCGCUGGCGGCUGUGGCGUGCCUGGUGGGCGCGGUGCGCGGCGGGCCCGGGCUCAGCAUGUUCGCUGGCCAGGCGGCGCAGCCGGACCCCUGCACGGACGAGAACGGCCACCCGCGCCGCUGCAUCCCGGACUUUGUCAAUGCGGCCUUCGGUAAGGAUGUGCGUGUGUCCAGCACCUGCGGCCGGCCCCCAGCGCGCUACUGCGUGGUGAGCGAGCGCGGCGAGGAGCGGCUGCGCUCGUGCCACCUCUGCAACGCGUCCGACCCCAAGAAGGCGCAUCCUCCCGCCUUCCUCACCGACCUCAACAACCCGCACAACCUGACGUGCUGGCAGUCGGAGAACUACCUGCAGUUCCCACACAAUGUCACGCUCACGCUGUCUCUCGGCAAAAAGUUCGAGGUGACCUACGUGAGCCUGCAGUUCUGCUCGCCACGGCCCGAGUCCAUGGCCAUCUACAAGUCCAUGGACUACGGGCGUACGUGGGUGCCCUUCCAGUUCUACUCCACGCAGUGCCGCAAGAUGUACAACCGGCCACACCGCGCGCCCAUCACCAAGCAGAACGAGCAGGAGGCCGUGUGCACCGACUCGCACACCGACAUGCGCCCGCUUUCGGGCGGCCUCAUCGCCUUCAGCACGCUGGAUGGGCGGCCCUCUGCGCACGACUUCGACAACUCGCCAGUGCUGCAGGACUGGGUCACUGCCACCGAUAUCCGCGUGGCCUUCAGCCGCCUGCACACGUUUGGCGACGAGAACGAGGACGACUCGGAGCUGGCGCGCGACUCGUACUUCUAUGCCGUGUCGGACCUGCAGGUGGGCGGCCGCUGCAAGUGCAACGGCCACGCGGCUCGUUGCGUGCGCGACCGCGACGACAGCCUGGUGUGCGACUGCAGGCACAACACGGCCGGCCCGGAAUGCGACCGCUGCAAACCUUUCCACUAUGAUCGGCCCUGGCAACGCGCCACAGCCCGCGAGGCCAACGAGUGCGUGGCCUGUAACUGCAACCUGCAUGCCCGGCGCUGCCGCUUCAACAUGGAGCUCUACAAGCUGUCUGGGCGCAAGAGUGGGGGCGUCUGCCUCAAUUGCCGCCACAACACCGCUGGCCGCCAUUGCCACUACUGCAAGGAGGGCUACUACCGAGACAUGGGCAAGCCCAUCACCCACCGGAAGGCCUGCAAAGCCUGUGAUUGCCACCCCGUGGGCGCUGCUGGCAAGACCUGCAACCAAACCACUGGCCAGUGUCCCUGCAAGGACGGCGUGACGGGCAUCACCUGCAACCGCUGCGCCAAGGGCUACCAGCAGAGCCGCUCUCCUAUCGCCCCCUGCAUCAAGAUUCCUGUAGCGCCACCAACCACGGCAGCCAGCAGCGUGGAGGAGCCUGAAGACUGCGAGUCCUACUGCAAGGCCUCCAAAGGGAAGCUGAAGAUUAACAUGAAAAAGUACUGCAAGAAGGACUAUGCUGUCCAGAUCCACAUUUUGAAGGCAGACAAGGCAGGGGACUGGUGGAAGUUCACGGUGAACAUCAUCUCUGUGUACAAGCAAGGCACCAGCCGCAUCCGCCGUGGUGACCAGAGCCUGUGGAUCCGCUCGCGUGACAUCGCCUGCAAGUGCCCCAAAAUCAAGCCCCUCAAGAAGUACCUACUGCUGGGCAAUGCCGAGGACUCACCCGACCAGAGUGGCAUCGUGGCGGACAAGAGUAGCCUGGUGAUCCAGUGGCGGGACACGUGGGCGCGGCGGCUGCGCAAGUUCCAGCAGCGUGAGAAGAAGGGCAAGUGCAAGAAGGCCUAACGCUGAGGCGGCAGCGCGCUGGGCUUGGGACCGCGGGGCGCCAAGGCCCGGCCAAGCGUGAGCUGACCACGUGCAGCUGGCAGCUGCUGUGGUGGACUUGGCCAGGGAGGGCUUUCCCAGGAGGGGGGAGGGUGGGGGCAGGGCUGCAGCGGGGGCGGGGCCCUCAGUGGCCCCUCCCCCAGCCCCGCCCUAUGCGCCCCUAGCGGGAGCCACGUGCAUGCACACUCAGGGCAGGGUGCGCAGCAGGCCAGGCCCUGGAGAAAUGAGGACCAGACAGACGUAGCUACCUCACAGGGCUCCUUCCAGAGCAGAGAUGCGCUUCCCUAGGGCUAGGAGGGGUCACCAUGGAGGGGCUGGGGUCAUCCUGCCCUGGGGCCUGAGGGGCAGCACAGAAUGGCACAGGUGGGGCCGCAGACGCAUGUCGUUGUUGGUAGUGGAGAAGGGGGCGUGAGGAGAACUGAGAUUUCCGGCGAGCAGCCUGGGCAGAGGCCCUGAGCAAGCCCAACCAAACCACCACCAGAAACACAAAAGACAAAACCUCCUCCUUUCUCCCUGACCCUUUGCUGUCUAGGAAUUCCCACAGGACUCCUAGCUGUGAAAACCUGGACCCCAUCUGAAGGGCAGGGAUGGCACGGGGGAGGGGGAAGCAGCCUGUCUAGCCAGCAUUCUUCAUGGGGCCUCUGGUCUCCACGGCCACCUGCUGGGUUGGUCCUGGGGUGGGAUGGGGAUUGGGGCCAUUCACCAUAUGUAGGGAGAAAAGGCCCCUGCUGGUGCCUGCCCUGCCUGGCCAGGGGCUGGCGCAGGGUUCUGGCCCAUCCAGAGGGUAGCGGGCCCAAGGACCCCCUUGAGAAGCCCAAGCCGGGUGGUCACUGCCUCCUGCUGGAGCUGCCUGGGGGAGGAGGCAGUGCAAAUGAAAAACCUCCCAGAGAGUUUCCUUUUUGGAAACUUGGAACCAGCCCCUUUUAUGACAUUUUCCAGGGGAGGGGGAAGGAGCACUGGCUGAGUUUACAGCAAUGACACUAUUUGUGUAAUGACAUCAGCUCCCACAAGGCCCCUCAGCAGUGUCAACAGCUGGAGAGGGCCUGGAUGGGUAUGCCGGCUGCAAAGGCAGUUGGGCUGGGCUUGGGGGACAGGGCUUGCUUGAGUCAGGACAUGGCUCAUUGGCUCAGCCAAAGUGCCCAAGUCAUAGGCACCAGGGCCAGGAAUGGCCUGUUCCUGGGCACCUGUUGGCAACAACCACUUCCUGCUCUGCCUGCACUGUUGGUUCCUAAGGGAAGAGACGAGGCUACUAGGCUAAGAAGCCUGCAGUGGCUACCCCAGGUGGCUCUGGGCUGCCCGCACAGCUGUCUUGGUCUAACCUGGACAGUGCUUCACCUCCUUUCUGACUGUCCUCUUUUUGUAGACCCCUGUGCCUUCCACUGGGCCCAGCCCUCCUUCCCAAAGCCUCCUAGAGACUGUCCUCAAGUAGGUAGCCCCAGACUUUUGGGUCUGGUCGCCUCCUGUGCUCUGGGGCCUCUCGGCUCCCUGCCUUCCUGAGCUCUGCACUGCCCUGGGGCUUCUGGCCCCCAUCCUCACCCUGGGCAACGGGAUGAGUGGCCUGGCUCUCCUCUCAGUUAGGAAAUUGGUUUUAUUUUCCCUGCCAGAGGCUGGCUGCUCAACAGGGCCAUAGCAAGGAUGAAGCUCGCUUCCUUGGCGAUUUGGCUUCCCUUUCCUUCCCCCGCUUCUGCCCGCUUCUGCCCGCAUCACCACUGCCAUUUACUGAGCACCUGCUGUGUGCCAGGCACUUUACCUUCAUGUUCCCAGCCUGUCCUCAUGACAACCCCCUGGAACAGGGUCUCUUGUCCCCAUUUUCACCAACAGGGAAACUGGCAUGUGUGUGACCAAAGUUACACAGCAAACAUGUGGCAGCACCGGGACUCAGAUCCCAGAACCAGGCUUUCUGACCAUGGGCUGUGCUGCGCCUGGCUACUCUCUACCCUGCAACUUCCCAGCUGUCCCUGAAGCAGGCUGUGAGGGGCGCCCAAGGCUGAGUUGCCACAGACCCUAGCAGCUGCCUCUGGAAGACCUCAAUGUAGCCUAGAGAAGAGGACAGGUGACAGGUACAGUGACAUUUUCAGAGUGGUGAGUGUAGCAGGGAAUGAGGACAGCCUCAGGAAGCCCCAGCAAGGCAGUCUUCAUCUCCCCCAUAGUUCUAGAAAGGUGGUUUUUCCUGCUCCAAGUGCAGGUGGGAUUCCAGGAGAGACUGGCAGAGGCACCUCCAGGCCAGGGAGAAGGUAGAUCUGCCCUGCAAAGGGCGUUUGGCUUCCCUGCAUCUCAGUUCCACAGCUGGGGGGCAAGGACCUCUCCAGGCACUGCGGUCCAGCAUGGGCUGAUGAGUGCCGCUAGCAGGAGGCACCGUGUUCCCAGGAAAUUGUUUUUAUCUCCACCAGCACAGCUUCCCCGCUACCCAGAGGGCUAUGGCAGCCUCGCCUGCAUCCCACCCGGGCUGAGUCUCUUGCACUAGUGGUCCUAGGCCCGCUCGGCAGCGGAACCAGACGCCUGCCAAGCAACAAGGCAGCUUGCUGAAAGUCCAACCAGUGUCGCCCCCCAGCUCAGCCACCAUCCUCCCCAGGGCCUAGGCCAUCCACCCAGUGGCCUAGCCCUUGGGGACUCUGUCAGGGUGACCAGAUCAGGAACAAGGACACCAUUGGGAUUGCAUCAGUUGUCACAGGCUGCCUUCCUAGCUCACGGACCCGCCAGAACCCAGUCCAUCACUACUCUGUCUCUGACCUCCACAGAGGGGGCCCAGCUUCAGGACAGCAUCCCUCUUCCACCCCGUCCCACACCCAGGGAGGAGAGGGAAAUAGGAAUUGAGGUGUUCCAGUUUGUACAGUUAGGAAGGGAUGUAAAACGGACCUAGACUUGAAGAGUGUAUUAACCAGAAUCGUGAUAUGUAGGUGUUCGAAGAAAAACAUACCAGGUUAGUCCUUAUUUUGUUCUUAAAACAGCUCCCCCAAUGGUCCUUUUUUUUUAACCAGGUGGGUGGUCUGGUCCUGAGAGCUGCCUGCUUUCCUGACACUGUGGAAGGGGGAAGGUAACGGGGCUGUCCCUCCCCUGCCCAGUGUACCUGCAAGCUGUGUAUGGCCUUUGUCCUCAGCUUCUGACCUUGCAAGGUGGAACAGGAAGUGACAACCUUAGGUUUCCUUGAACAGGAGGGACACCUGGAGUGAAAGCCCAGAGACUCUGUCUCCAUAGUUAGCAUGCGGGAGAUGGGUACAGACUUCCUUGGAACUGCCCAGUUUGGAAUGAGACUGAAAUCAAGGAGAGACCCUUAGGGACUAGGAAAUGGUUCCUUUAGGGUCUCAACACUUAAAGGACCCCCCCCUCCCCACAAAUUCCCAGAGCCAAGAGCAUGGACAAAUUAGACUCAUGGAUGGGCCACUGGACCACAGUUCAUGGACACAUACUCUCAUGGGCUGCAGCCAUGCCAUACCCCAGGGGUAUCAAAACUGACCUUUUGGGGCCUUGUCCCUGCCCAGAACAAGCCAGCCCCCCUCCUUGUGUCAUUGGACAUCCCUUCCCUACUCCCAAAUGCACUUCCCACUCUCCCUCAACUCCCUCCUGUGUUGCGGAUUUCUGUUCACUCAGAAUUGUAAAUGUUUAGUUGUGACCAUGACAUAUUGUUUGGGUCAGUGUUCCUUUCCAAUGCAUACUAAUAUAUUAUGGUUAUUAUAUAUGAAUAUAUUUAAUGACAUGGAAAGAGUUGUGGAUUUUUUUAAAGCUUUUUUUUUUUUUUUUUGUUAGAGCUGUAAUGGACCCAGAUGGAACUUGUAACGUGGGCCCCACAUGAUAGAACUAAAUUCAGAUAUCAUUAAAUAAACUCUUGUAUACUG